CAUAUUUAUUUUUUAAAAAAGCAAAUUUCUUUGCGUUUGCAUUAUGUCUCGGAAGGGAGCGCUUCUAUUUUGAGCCUCAGCAGACUGAGGAUUCUACAGCUGUGCUCCCGAGUUCCCAUACCGGACAUGUUUUCCGAGACUCCAGCGGAGAGGGGCAGCGGUGGUACCGGUAGGAGCGUGGGAAUACAGGCUCUGCCGAAGUCCGGAUAGAGAACCGUGCACGCGCGUGCCGCUGCAGCAGCUCUCCCUCAACUCCGCCAGGGGGCGGGCUGGACAAGGCGAUCCCGCGGCGGCGCUGGGCCUCGGCUGAGGGGCAGCAUGGGGCUGUGAGCUCAGGCCCCGCGCUCGCCAUGCCAGGGAAAGCCCAGCACUUCCAGGGUCCUCAGGUCAGCUGCUGCGCCAAAUACCUGCUCUUCGCCUCCAAUGUGCUCUUCUGGUUGCUGGGGGCAGCUUUCCUAGCCAUUGGUUUGUGGGCUUGGGCAGAAAAGGGCGUGCUUUCCAAUCUAUCAUCCAUCACAGACCUCGGUGGCUUUGACCCAGUCUGGCUUUUCCUCGUGGUUGGAGGGGUGAUGUUCGUGCUGGGUUUUGCUGGCUGUAUUGGGGCACUGAGGGAGAAUACAUUCCUACUCAAAUUUUUCUCUGUGUUCCUGGGGCUCAUCUUUUUCCUGGAGCUGACAGCUGGUGUCCUGGCCUUCAUCUUCAAGGGCUGGAUCAAGGAUCAGCUCAACUUCUUUAUUAACAAUAACGUCAAGGCAUAUCGCGAUGAUAUAGACCUCCAGAACCUCAUAGACUUUGCUCAGGAAUAUUGGUCGUGCUGUGGGGCUCAUGGACCUAAUGACUGGAAUCUCAACAUUUAUUUCAACUGCACUGACUCCAACCCCAGCAGGGAGCGUUGUGGGGUACCUUUUUCCUGCUGUGUCAAGGAUCCUGCGGAGGACGUUCUCAAUACCCAGUGUGGCUAUGAUGUCCGCCUUAAACUGGAGCUGGAGCAGCAGAGCUUCAUUCAUACUAAAGGAUGUGCUGGUCAAUUUGAGAAAUGGCUCCAGGACAAUCUCAUUGUAGUGGCAGGGACCUUUGUAGGUGUGGCACUUCUACAGAUAUUUGGUAUCUGCCUGGCACAGAACCUAGUGAGUGACAUCAAUGCUGUGAAAGCCAAUUGGUGACACCAGAAUAGAGAUUUUGCUGUUUCCUACAGAUUCCCAGAUUCUCCUGAAGGACUGAAGCCUUCAAGCCACAAUCACUGAGUGCUGCUAAACCAUCAACAAGCUCCGAUUGGGGGUUGAGUGGGGGUCACCAGAAUUAAUAACUGCCUGAUGCCCUUCCAUAGCUUUCUGUUCCUGACUGGGGCACAUGUGUCAUGUAAAUAGUAUUUAUGUCAGGCUUCUGAAGGGUCCUUUGACCCACUGCAAAAACUGCAGAGUUAGAAGCAUCUCAUGCAUAUAGCCAAGAAACAGCUCUGGAUUUUGUUGAGGAGGCCCCUAUUGGUGAGUUAGCACGGCUCAUGUGGUUUCCACUGAGGAAGCUAAUGGAACGUUCUAAUCCUGCUGCCUGGAGCAGCUUCACACUUGUACUCUGUCCUAAACUCCUACUUGAAUUCUCUAUACUCUACUCCCUGUCUGCUCUGCUCUCCUACUUACCAGGGAGAUUAAAUUAGGGAUUAACUCAAGACUGAGUUCCCUUGUUCAAAUUAGAGUUACAUCUUGUCAAAUUAGAGUUACAUCUUAUUUUGUGGAUCAUACUGUUGGUUUCUGCUAUUGUCCUAAGAGGUCAGAAACAAGCUGUCAGGAAGAUGCUGUCAUAUCUCAUUUGUGGCAGAAAUCUUCACCCUUGAUUUUUAAGGCUUCAAUUCUGGCAGAUGUGCAUUCCAGUGGGAAUAAAAUGUGCCAGACAGAACCAAGCAGGUCAAUUCAAUCCAAUCCACCAAGAGUUAAACCAAUGGCAAACUAAAAAUAUUCUCGGAUAGUUUAGAAAAACAUGACACUGUAACAGAAAUAAUCUAUUCCGAGAAUUUGAUUGCACCGGUUUGUACUUUGUAGAAUCUUACAAGUUACUUUAACUUAAAAGAUAAAUUUGGAUAUGUCUAAUCAGCCCAUUAUUUGUGUGAUAAAUGUGCAGUCCUUUGUAUGCAAUAUCUAUUUCUCUGAAGGACCCACAAAGAGAAUUCUAGACCUCUUGAACCAAGUUUUGUCCUUGACUGGACAUAAUGCAACCUUUUGUUCCAGUAGUUGGCUCAUAGCCUUGCAGAGUACUUGUGUUUCAUGGAAUGGCACAAUACUGAGAAAGAUUUUGCACUGAUACAUCUUUCUGCACUGCUACAAUGUAGUUUCUACUACUUCCUUUCUUUUUGAUAGGAGUUUAUCUUAAUCUCCCUGGACUCUGUUGCUGGCAGGAUUGUUCAAGUAUGUUGCCCUCCUCUUCCCCAUAAAGUACUUGCUAGCAAAUAUUUUUCGGGGAUAUUUUUUACCCUAUUGAGCCAGGUUGACAAUUCAGUUGAAGUGGACCAAUUCGAUUUGGGACUAGUUUGUGUCAUGGAUGUGAAUUAGAUGCAGUGGUAUUCUUCUGAAUUUUUAAUCUCCCAUUUUGUACUGGAACUUUUAGACUCAUCUUCAGAUGCCCCCAACCAUGGCUGAAGCCUACCCCAGUAACUGUUUUUAUGUGAUUUAUCGUUGUGAAGUUGUUUCUGCAUAAUCGCCAGUGCGUAGCUGAAGCAGCUUAAAUUUAUCCUUAGUGUUCCAGUUCUAAAACAGGGUUUUCUCCCGUUUUCCCAAGACAGUUUUUGCUACAACAGAAACUGGUUCACUUCAAAUGUGGUUGCUGAUGUUGUCAGGAAGGAGAUCGGUCCAGCUUCUACCUGCUUCCUUCCUUCUGGUUGCUAGGAAUUGCCUUCCAUACCAUUUUAGCUGGUGCAGGAGGAGCUGGGCAUCUGCAGAGAUACGUGAAUGCACAAUGCCCAACAGGUCCUUUUCUAUGGUGCUGAUCUGGUUUUACGUAGGAUCGUUUGCACCCAAGUCUAGAGCUUUUGAAAGAACUAGACUUGUGUUUGGAAAAUGGGACUAGUAUCUUCAUGAGAAAGUGCUGGAUCUGCAUUGUACCAAAGGUCAUUUAAACUGGGAAAGAAUGGGAUUCAGCCCUCUGGGUAUUGCUGGUUUAUUCAGCAAAUGAGCGCAUUAUAUGCUUUCUGUUGCAUUUGUACACAAACUGCACUGCUUCCUCUCCACAAACUUAGUAGAAUUUUCAGUCUUUGGUGGGAAGGAGACAGUAGUGUUGUUUGUGUUAGUGUCCUUUUCUGCCAGGCCAGGGAUUUGCAGAUUGAACUGAUUUGCAGAUUGUGGCUGUGCUCUAAAACCACUGCAUGCUUUGACUGCAGUGGCGGCUUUUCUCCACGUGAGGAUGCUCUUGGCUAGCAUUCCUCCGCUUAGAGUUUUACCUGAAAGGAAGACUUUCCCCCAAACAAUGUCCCUUCUAAAUGUGGCAGAUUCACUGAGUAUUUGAAACAGAUGACGUCUAAUCUUUUCUGAGAUGUGCGCUACAAUUCAGGGUCACCUUUUUGUUAGAACUGCCCAUGAGGUUCUGCUUCUGGGGUUUGUUUUUUCUGUUGAACUGUGGGGAGAUGCACCCUAUGAGGAUGGCUGUGACUGCAUGCAUGCAUGCGAGGAGGGAGGGUGGUGGAAGGAGAAGGCUUAGCGGAUUUCCAUUUGCCCUGGGUCUCCUGUUUCCUGUCAUCUCUGACAGCUGAAACCCGUGGGAUAAUGUACUUCGCAGUAGCAGCCUUUCCCCACCCACAAAAGAAGAGAAAGCCAUUAUGAAGCUGUCAACAUGUAUGAAAAUGAAGCCCACUGCAUAUGCAAAAGUUACAACCUAUCUACAAUAUGUUAAUCAGAGACCAAAGGAUAACUUGCUAAGCAGAUUUACUUUCACGUCUUCCGCACUUGACUGUUGUAAACGUUCUUGGGCUUAGUAAUAAGGAUGCACAUGCAAUGAAACUAUUCUGCUGCUGCUUCUGUUUUUUUGUUUUUUUCUCUCUUUUAAAUCCAUUUGCAUUUUGCCGGCUUUCUGUCUUCCUGUGUUUGGCUUGCUAGUCUUCUUUUUCUGCUCAACUCUCUCACUUCCUUCAUAUCCUCUUGCUGCUAUUUGUUUUAUAGUACAAUAGUAAAAUUAUUAUCCCAAAUUUGUAAAGAAUUUUUAAAACAUAAAUCCCCUUUUAUGACUGUAAUGAGUGUUUCGAGUUGGGUGAUCAGGCUUCUGCCAUUCAUGAUUUUUGCAAGACUCAGGUUUGUGCAUCACUGAUCUUAACUGUAGCAUUUUUUUAGUUUGAAAAUGUUGCCAAUCAUAUAUUGGUUUAGUUUUAUAUAUUUCCUUGGCAGAAGAAAGUCCAAUUUUUAAUUUAAAAAUUAGUGUGAUUAUCUCAUACUUUUUUCUACUGUCAAAACUUUUUCUUAAAUUUUCUUUUCCAUCUGGGCUGCUAAAUAUUAACAGGUGACAGUUACAAGAUUAUAAGCAAAAUUUCAACUGAUUUUAUGUUAAACAUGUUCAGAUAAUUUAAAAAUAAAACAAACAACUCCCCUGAAAUAAAAUAACAUCUAUAGUAGCCGUUCUGCAGUUAUGUUUACCAGAUGACUUAAUCAAGGAAAAUUUUAUAAGAACAAGAUAAUUAAUUGCAAUGGGGAAGUGUUUUUGUUACUGUUGGGGAGUAACAAAAGAAAGUUAUUUUGUGUUAUCAUUUAAAAUCAACAUUUUUAACAGUAUUGGUGUUUAUGGACUGGAAUGUGCUUGAUUGAAUGCAAAAGGUGUUGACACUGAUGUAUUUCUUUUGGAUGUAGAUUGAAAAAAAACUCAAGUCAAAUGCAAAUAAAAUAUAAACAGUCUGGAA